AUGCAUGUAAAAGAAUUAAUUAUAUAUCCAAUCAAAUCAUGUAGUGGUAUUAAAGUACAAGAAGCACUUGUAACAAAAUAUGGUUUAGCUCUUCCAUCAAAUCCUCGAAUAUUUGAUAGACGAUGGAUGAUAGUCAAAAAUGGUCGACAUCUAGCACAACGAGUUUUACCUCGUAUGGCAUUGAUUCAAAUUUCUCUUAUCGAUGAUAAUCUUUGUGUUCGAGCUCCAAAUAUGUCUGAUCUUCAUAUUCCAAUUAAUUCAUUACCAGAAGAAGUGAUGCAAUGUUUUUGUUGGGAUCAACCAAUUCUUGGUUUACGAUAUGAUAAUAAUGUUUCACAUUGGUUUCGAACAUUUUUAGAAAUAGAUGAUAAAAUUGAUUUAGUUGUAUUUGAUGAUAAAAACUUUCAAGGUCGUUUAGUUAAAGAUUGUGAAGCACCUAAUGUUGCUCGUGAUGAAGAUACAAUUAUUUAUCAUGAUAUGAGUCCAAUACACCUAUGUUCGUUAGAAUCAGUUGCUGAUCUUAAUACACGAUUAAAGAAACAUAUUCAAGUACAAAAUUUUCGACCAAAUAUUGUUAUAGAAAAUGUUGAUAAACCUUAUGCUGAAGAUUAUUGGCGAGAGAUUGAAAUUGGUCAAAUCAAAUUUACCUGGAUUGCAGCUUGUAUAAGAUGUUUAUUACCAACUAUAGAUCCUCAAACAGGUAUUAAAGAUCCUGAUCUUGAACCAUGGAAAACAUUACGAAGUUAUCGUCUUAAACCAGACAUAUAUCGUGAUAAAGCGUUAUUUGGAAUUGAUUUGGCACCGACAGACACGAUAAAAAAUGUAUUAGGGAUUAUUCGUGUUGGUGAUUCAAUUCGAAUUAAUAAAGAUGAACCUGAUUUUUGGGACAAAAAAUAA